AUGGUCCUUCCGCGCCUCGGCCGCUACCUCCGCGCAAUGCCCCGCGUGGCCGCCCGCCAUAGCCGCCUCACGACUGCUGCUCGCUACUGCUCGAUGUAUCCGCGCGCGCCAAUGAUGGCAACGUUGCCUCGGUUGACGCCACCGACUGUCCGCUGCUUUGGCACCGAGACCCGGGAUGCGUCCGAGCUUACGUGCCCGCAUUGCGGCGAGUCGCUCAAGCUUGCGAUUGCAGUUCCGCGGUCCACGCCAACGUGUGGGGCAUCGGCGGCACCUGCUACAACGUUGCCGUUGACGUCGCGUCAGCUCGAGCCCGGUGACAUUGUCGGCUGCGAAGGUUGCAAAACGUAUUUUGCCGUCAAGUCGCUCGCGGCCGACCCGCCGCAUGCUGGCUCCAUGUUCCAGACGCCGUCGUCGCAGUUCCAGUCGACACCCCGUCUUCGCAUCUCGAAUGACAGCGACUUUGAUCGGCUCUUGAACGACAGUCAGCGCGUCAACACGCCACCGGCACCGGCGCCCAAAGUGCUCACGCCGCGCGAGAUCUACGACGGCCUCAACAAGUACGUCAUCGGCCAAGAGAACGUCAAGAAGGCGCUCGCGGUUGGCGUACACAACCACUACAAGCGGUUGAGUAUGAACUUCAAGCCGCCAGAGGUGCCCAUUGAUGACGGUCACCCGCGCUCGAUGCGGGUGUCGGCCAUGGUGGAUGAGCCGGCCAUCUACCAGUCGGUGAAGCACGGCAUCCAGCUCGAAGCCAUUGCCGUGCCGCCAAGCGUAGUCGCCGCCGAGGGUGCAACGCCUCCGACGACGCCAACAGUUGCUGUCGACGACAGUGUCGAGAUUGACAAGACCAACAUCCUCGUUGUGGGGCCGACGGGGUCGGGCAAGACGCUCAUGGCCAAGACACUCGCGCGGCUGGCGCAAGUGCCGCUUGUGAUCGCGGACGCCACGUGCCUCACGCAGGCCGGGUAUGUGGGCGAGGACGUCGAGUCCAUUCUGUACAAGCUCUACCAAGCGGCCAACUUUGACCUGGAAGCGGCGCAGAAGGGCAUCAUUUACAUUGACGAGAUCGACAAGAUUUCUCGCAAGAGCGAAAACGUGAGCAUCACGCGCGACGUCUCGGGCGAAGGCGUCCAGCAGGCGCUGCUCAAGAUGCUUGAAGGCUGCACGGUCAACGUGCCCGAGAAGGGCGGCCGCAAGAACCCGCGCGGUGAGUUCAUUGCGAUCGACACGACCAACAUCCUCUUCAUCUGCGGCGGCGCGUUCGCGGGUCUCGAGCACAUUGUUUCGCGCCGCACCGCGACCGCGAGCAUCGGCUUUGAGUCGCAGAUGAAAGACACGAAAGUGACGGACCUCGACCGCGUCGGCGAGCUCCUGACGCAGUCCGAGCCGCAGGACCUCGUGGCGUACGGGCUCAUUCCCGAGUUUGUCGGGCGCUUCCCCGUCCUUGUGAGCACGCUUGGCCUCAACCGCCACGAACUUGUCCGCGUCGUGAGUGAGCCCAAGAACUCGCUCAUCAAGCAGUACCGUGCCCUCUUUGCACUCCACAACGUCGACUUCCACGUGACGCCGUGCGGUCUCGAUGCAAUCGCAGAGCUCGCUGUGCGCCGCAACACGGGUGCGCGUGGCCUGCGCGCGAUCUUUGAGCGCACACUCAUGGACACCAUGUUUCACGUGCCCGACAUGCAGCAUGUGCGCGCUGUGUACGUCGACGGUGACGUCAUCUUUGGCGCCAAACAGCCAGUCUUGCUUCGCGGCGACGUGACGAUCGCCGAGUACGAGGCCGCCAAGGACGAAACACAUGAAGUCGCCUACCCGGAUGCCGCGUAA